CGAAACCUACUAUCCAACCACGCCAUGUCCCUGUCCCAGACACGAGCUCGUCGCUCGCCCAGAAUACAAAGACCAUUAUCCACCCCUUGACCGCUCAAUGCUCUGCUCAUUGUGCGUGACUAGGCUCAUCUCUUGCUCUCGCCUGCUGGCGGACCAGGAUAAGGAGGCAGCGUCGCCACGCUCCCUUGAUAUUGAGAUCGGCCUACUGCAUCAUCUUGCAUCUGUUGAGAAUCACGACGUGGAGGAGGUGGUUGCUGUCCUUGCCUACUCUGCGGCAUCGUUUGAACACCGCCCAUAGCUGACAGGCCCCUGCGCUGAGCGUCUGCAUCCGAGUACGCUCCAGCUCC